AUGCCCUAUAAAAAUAACACCCAGAAUUUGAAUGAGGAUGAUUACAAGUAUAUGGGCAUCCUUCCUACUGAUGACAUCAAGUGCACUAAAGUCAAGAAGAAGAUUAAAAGCGAAUACAUCAAAAGAAUGAAGAUCUUAACAUUCAAACUCAGUGGAGGAAAUACCAUCAAGGAAGAUGGCGAAGACAGGUAUCGCAAAUACAGCUAUGAGCAACCAAAGUCCCCAUAUCAGAUGUCCGACAAUGGUGAAUGUAGAGGGAAUGGAUUCAACCGGAGCUCAGAGGUGCCUUUCAAAGGUGGGAAAAGGCCAAGUGGAGCAGGAGUGGUGGCAACCACAGUGGCUUCCGAUGAGCCCAUUGGGAAGUUCAACACCCAGGCUAUGAAAGGAUUGGUCUCUCCAGCUUACAGUGUUAGUGAAGCCCCACUGAGGGCUAGUGAGAGCUUUGAGAAAUUCACUCCUCCGGCUGCCAAUGGGGAGCAUGAGGGAGACUCCUUUGCUCUAAGGAUGCAGCCCAAAACAACAGCAUUCAGUGGUGACAACAGCAGCCAGCCAGUAGAAGAACAGCUGAAAACCAUGGACCCUUUCAUUCUGGAAUUGGUGAACAACAAAGUAAUUGACUGCGGCCCUCCAGUCCAGUGGACGGACAUUGCAGGACAAGUCUCUGUCAAAGCUGCCAUUGAAGAAGAGCUUGUGUGGCCCAUCCUGAGGCCUGGUGCAUAUACUGGUGCAAACCAACCACCCAGAACCAUCCUGCUCUUUGGGCCUCGUGGUGUAGGGAAGACCCUGCUGAGCAGGUGCAUUUCUACCCAGCUGGGAUCUACCCUGUUGAAGCUCAGUGGCACAGCCUUGGUCUCCAAGUGGAAGGCUGAGGCAGAGAAAAUCCUACAGACCACUUUCUUCAUAUCCAGCUGUCGGCAGCCUGCUGUCAUUCUCCUCACCGAUGUGGAAUCUGUUUUAGAAGACGCUGCCAUCUCGAAGUCCCAGUUGCUCACCUACCUGGACAAGCUUGCUACCUCCGCUGAGCAGAAUGUGGUUGUCAUAGCAACCACCACCAGGCCUGGUAAUCUGGAUGAAGCCACCCAAAGAAGGUUUGCCAAACGUUUUUACAUCUCCCCGCCAGACAGCAUUGCAAGGCGGCAGAUUCUGCACCAUGCUUUAGCUCAGCAAAACUACUGUCUCAGCGAGAGGGAGAUGGCCUCCAUUGUCCAACUUACUGAAAGCUACUCGGGCAGUGAGCUCCUCCAGCUCUGUCAGCAGGCAGGGACCAAUAAACUGCAUAGCCUGCCAGGCCAACUUCAACCCACCUCCUACAAGGAUUUUGAAAGCGUUUUCUGCAAAAUCCACCCUGCUGUUUCUCAGAAGGAGCUGGACUUGUAUGUGGAAUGGGAUAAAAUGUAUGGCUCUCACAAUUAGUGGGGAAGCUCCUGUUCCUCUUUCCAAAUAAUCUUUAAUCUGUUUGAGAGGAAGCCACUGGAAGCAUUGAAUUCUUGGUUUGCUCUUAAAGGUCUUGGGGCGCUGCAGGUUCCAGUUUCUGAGAGUCUCAUUCCUCUUUCCGUAUGAAAAUGGGGGAAAGGAUGAGAUGUAGUUUUCAUCUCUUAAAAAAAAAAGCCACACCAAUUGGAUGCAAGUCCUCCCCUAGACUGACUGACAUGCAGCUUGUUUUUUUAAAAAAAAUGUCUGAAAGUUUAUGUGGUGGUUGUCAGGUCUCUAUGUUAAUGAAAAGUAGUUGCUCAAUGAACUCAGGAUAACCUAUUUAUUAUUGAUCUGUUCUUCUAAUCAACCCUUUCCAGCCAGCAUUGUAAAAUAUUCUGCCAGGUAUUACCCCUUUCCCAGCUCCUUUGUAAUGCUGCACACCUCAAACACUUCUGUCUGACUCUUCUAUUGCAGCCUCUUUCCAUCUUUUUACCCUGAAGAAACCCUUGAAAUAAUGUUCAGGUCUCAGGGAAGCCCUGCAUAAAAAUAGCAAAAAAAAA